AUGGCAGAUCGUAUUGGUAAUGUUGGUAAUAAUGGUGAAAAUGAUAGAAACAGAAAUGGGGGUAAUGGAGAUAAUAAUGGUCAUGGGGAAAAUCAUGUGCCUAGGAAUAAUGGUGAAGACCAGAGGAGUCUUAGAGAAAUAAAUAACUCUACUGUGAAUUUUGAUCCUCAUGGUUUUUACAAUUUUGAUGCUAAUUUUGAAAUCAAAGGUAACUUGAUUAAUACUUUGCCUAAAUUUUUUGGUCUUUCAGGUGAUGAUCCCUAUGGACACAUUGAAACCAUGAUGAUGGUAUGCUCCACUAUGAAGCCACAGGGUGCAAAUGUAGAGGAACUUUUGAGAAGAACGUUUCACUUUACCAUGGAAGGAAAAGCCAAGGAAUGGCUAAGAACUUUGCCCCAGCACUAUGCUACACUUACCUGGGAGCAACUCAAGAACGCUUUUCUUGAGAAAUUCUUUCCUGCAUCUCGGUCCUCCAAGCUUAAGAAAGCUAUCUUCGGAGCACAACAAGAUGAAGGGGAGUCAUUCUAUGAAUAUUGGACUAGGUUCUUAACCAUGAUGUCUCGGUGUCCAAAUCAUCAAUUGCCUAAGUCACAAUUGGUUCAGUAUUUCUAUGAGGGUCUCUUGCCAUACUAUCAGAGGACUGUUAAUGCUGCUGCUAAUGGUUCAAUUCUUGAUCUUACUCCGCAAGGUGCCUGGGACCUCUUUGAGAAGACUGCCAAAAAUGACCAACAGUAUGGCACUAGAGAUAGACAGUGUGUUAGAGAAGUUGCCUCAUCCUCUUCUAAUGAUACACUUAAGCAGUUUAUGGAGAAGAUUGAUAGGAGAUUAGAGAAACUAGAGAGUGAAAGGGUUCCUAGACAAUGUAAUGCAAUGGGAACUUCCCAAGCAUUGGUAGCUCCUAGUUGUGAUUACUGUGGUUCUCCUAUGCACAUAAGCAAUGCAUGUCCUUCAAGAUACGAAGAAGUUUCUACUAUGUUUCAGGGACGUCCUACCAACCAAAAAUGGAAUCCGUAUUCCAACACAUACAAUGAAGGGUGGAGACAGAACCCUAACUUCAGUUGGAGGGAUAAUGAUAACAGAGGGUCGAAACAAUUUCAAGAGGGAACUAGUGGAUUUGGUGCUUCUUCAAGCCACUUUCAAGAACCUUCAAGGAUGGUCAUUCCACUCCAGAAUAAUUCACUUUCUCAACCAAAGAGUGAUGAGACCAAUCAACUGUUGAAGAGUAUGGCCGCCCAACUUAACAAUAUGGAUAACCGGUUGAAAGAAGAUAAAGCCUUGAAUGAUAGCCAAUUUUCAUCCAUUGCCACAAUUUUACAAAGGAUGCAAGGUGAUAAUACAACCAUUUGUAAGAAGUUGGAAGAGUUAGAGUUGAAGAACAAUACUGUGACAUCUCAUCUAACUCAAGUGGCCAAUACUAUGAGUGAUCUGCAAGCCAGAGGUGGAGGCAUAACCUCUAAUACAGUUAUCAAUCCUAAAGCCCUUAAUGCCAUCACUCUGAGAAGCGGAAGGAAAGUACACUUCACUGAAGAAGAUGAAAAGGAUAUGGAAGAAGAAAUAGAAACUGAGCCUGUUCCACAUUCUACUACGCCAAGCAAGAAAUCUGAGAGCUCUAAGGAAAGAGCAUUGCUAGUUAACAGGAAAGAGCCUACUGAAGGGCAAGAAGAAGAAAAGAACCAUACUGAAGUGGUUCCAGAUGACAAGUGCACAACAUUGGAGUAUGAUGAAUCAAGCCAACAAGGAACUAUCCUACAUAAAGGUAAAGAGGUAAAAGUCAGUGAUAUUCCUUUCCCUCAAUCUUUUCUCAAUUCACAAAAGAAAAUGCAUAAUGAACAACAUGAGAAUGAAUUGAUUGAGAUGUUUAGUAAAUUAGAGGUUAAUAUUCCUUUGCUUCAAUUGAUUAAGAAAGUGCCUCAAUAUGCUAAAUUUUUGAAAGAUUUGUGCACUAAUAAAAGAAAAUUUAAGCCGCAUGACAAGGUUCAGUUAGGGUUGAAUGUAUCUGCUAUGUUUAAAUCCCCUCUCCCGGUCAAGUGUCAAGAUCCAGGUUCCUUUACUAUACCCUGCACCAUUGGUAAGAGUACUAUUCCCCAUGCAUUAUUAGACUUAGGAGCUGCUAUCAAUGUGAUGCCUAAGUCAGUUUACGAGUCUUCAGGGGUUAAUAUUCUUAAGCCAACAAAUGUAGUACUCUAA